AUGUCAGUCAUUCGAAAGGGUACAUUGGAAGAUGCAUCGAAUAUUUUUGAAUUGUACAAGAAAGUAUCUUCUAUUUAUCCAGAUAAUCUUGCUCAGCAAAUCGAUGAGGUUAACUUUUCUUAUAUUCAGGCUGAAAUUAAAAAUGCUCAACUACAUGGUCUAGUUCUUUUAAUGUUUAAUGACGGAAAAUUAAUUGGUUUUGUAAAAGCCUAUACAUCAGAAUUUCGUCGUAAAGCACAUGUUCUCACCAAUGCCACAAUGAUGAUGGAUCCUACUGCAGUUGGACAAGGUUUCGGUACUCAAUUAUUAGAAGCAUAUCUAGAUGAACUUCAAAAAUCAUUACGUCACAUUCGUGUAAUGGAAUUAUUACCCUAUGAUUUAAAUGUUAAAGGAAUUAGAUUGUAUGAAAGAAUGGGCUUUGUUCUUACAGCUACUCUACCAAACAAAAUUCGUUAUUUGAAUGGCACAUUUGGAGAUCAACUUCUUAUGAAUUGGAUAAAUCCAAGUUUUUGUGAUCAAGUUCUUCUACAAUAUUAUCAAUAUUUAAAAACGUUAAAUAAUGUCGAAACGUAG